AUGGAAACGGAUAAUAAUCAUGCCGACCGAUUUGAAUCAUCAAUGUCAACAUUGAUAAAUGAAGAACAAUCAGAAGAUACCAUCAUUCAUGAUGUUUCUCAAGUGAUGAAUGAUCUUUUGAUACAAAUCGAAAAUCAAAUACUCGAUGAAGAUCAAUCAGGAUUUACAAGUUUUGUUGUUGAAGAUAUUAUGAAUAAAAUUCGUUUAACAGCAUUAGGACAACGACAAUCAUCAAGUGCAGAUGAAUUAUCUUCACCAUCACUUUCAAGUUCUAUUGUUGAUGUUCCGUCAGUUCAAUCAAGUCAUUCGAUAUCUUCAUCGCAAAUAACUUACGAUGCCAAUCAAUAUUUAUCACCGAUUGAUAAACGUAUUCUCGAAGAUAUUGAACUACAGUCACAUGCACUUGCACAGGAAUUCGUUAAAACGGUUGAACAAUUAACAUUAUCUUUGCAUAAUAUGUCUGCUACGAGUGUUUGCUGUCUACAAACAUAUCGUGAUGCUGUUGGAGAAAAAUUGAAUGAAACUAUAGAAACAAACAUAAAAACAAUCUAUACAUUUAUGGCUCAAGCCGAACAAUUAAGUGUACAAAUGGCGCCAAUUUAUGAAUUACAAAAGAAGAUUACACACAUAAAACAGUUACUCGAUAUUCUAACACAAUCUAUUUAA